UCUCUCUGGGUAUAUUUUGCUUCAAUCUACUAUAUCUUUUGCUGUUUUCUUUCGUGGGUUUCUUUUUCCCGGAGGUAUCUUUCACUGGGUAUUCGCCAUUUCUGGGUCUAGAGAAAUGUUGCAGUUGUAUAUUACUAUCAACUAUGUUGUUGUUGUUGUUGUUGUCUACACCUCUGUUUAUUUCAGUCGUUACAGGAUUUGAAAGCUAUCAUUGUUGUAGUAAAUUCAAAGUAGAAUUAUUGGGUGAAGUGCCUGUGAUGGACCGGCGGAGUUGGCUGUGGAGGAGGAAGUCUUCAGAGAAGAGUCCUGGCGAAACUGAAAGCUCAGGAUCAUCUCAUUCUGAAAGAUUCUAUGAUGAUCAGGCAUGUUCAAACCAUCAUAGUCAAUCACCGGAAUCAAGCCAUCAUACUCAAUCACCAGAAGUCACAUCUAGAGCUGCACCCAACGAGGAAGAACAUAAUGGUGUGAAGGCUCUAACUGAAAAGCUAUCAGCAGCAAAUGAGGAAGAACACAACGAUAGCACAGCCAAUGAGGAAGAACGCAAUGAUAGUGUGAAGACUCUAGCUGAAAAGCUAUCAGCAGCCAACGAGGAAGAACAUAAUGAUAGCGUGAAGAAUCUAACUGAAAAGCUAUCAGCAGCUCUUCUCAACAUCAGGGCCAAGGAAGACUUGGUAAAGCAGAACGCAAAAGUGGCAGAGGAAGCUGUCUCAGGAUGGGAAAAGGCAGAAAGUGAAGCAUUAGCUUUGAAGCAGCAACUCGAAGCCGCAACUCAGAAGAAUACUGCCCUUGAAGAUCGAGUGGGCCAUCUUGAUGGAGCUCUCAAGGAGUGUCUUAGAGAGCUUCGGCAAGCUAGAGGAGAUCAAGAGCACAAGAUUCAUGAAGCAGUUGCUAAGAAAACACAUGAAUGGGAAUAUACAAAAUCCAACCUCAAGAUCCAGCUAGUUGAGCUCCAGUCCCAAGUUCAAGCCUCUAAAGGUGAACUAGAAAUCAUGAUUAUUGAAAGAGAUUUGAGCACCAAAGCGGCUGAAAUAGCUAGCAAACAACAUCUGGAGAGCAUAAAGAAGGUGGCCAAGCUUGAAUCUGAGAUCCGAAGGCUAAAAGCUGUGGCCCGCAAGGCACCAGUUCUCAGUGAUCACAAGUCUGUUUCUGCCUCAUCGGUUUGUGUUGAAUCCUUUACAGAUAGCCUAUCAGAAAGUGGUUUAGAGCCGAACGAGUUUGACUCAUUGGCAUCUGCUUUAAUUGUGGAGCUUGAUCAAUUUAAGAAUGAUAAUGCCAUUGGACAAAACCUUAUGGUCUCUUCGGUUGAGAUUAAUCUCAUGGAUGAUUUCCUUGAAAUGGAAAGGCUUGCAGCGCUACCUGAGAUAGAAAAUGGAAGCUGUCCCCAUGAAGGGGAAAGCCCUUCAAAAACUGAAUUUGAAGCAAUGAUAAUUAGGAUAGCUGAAAUGGAGGAGAAGUUAGAGAAAAUGGAAACGGAAAAAGUGGAACUAGAGUUGGCUUUAACCGAAUGCCAAGAUCAACUUAAAGCAUCAAGGGAUCAGUUAGUGCAAGCAGAGGUGAAGUUGGUGGAGCUUCAAACUUGUUUAGUUAUGGCAAAUGAAACGAGGAGUGCAGUUGACAUGAAACUCGAGUCUGCCAUUGCAAAGAGAGAAUCGGCAGAGUUACAAUUAUUAGAGGUCAAGGGAGAGAUACAAACUUUGCUUUCAAAAGUCAGUUGCUUGGAAGUAGAAGUCCGAAAAGAGAAGGUUUUGUCGGAAGAAGCAGCGGUCAAGUGUCGGAAAUUGGAAGAUGAGAUUUUGGGAAUGAAGCGCGAAGUUGAUAUCCGGAAUGCUGCAAUGUUUAAUGGAGAUUGGAAAAUAAAGCAGGAGGAGGAGCUAGCAGCAGCAGCUGCUAAAUUUGCAGAGUGCCAGAAAACAAUUUCUUUCAUUGGGAGACAGUUGAAAUCCCUCGCAACAAUGGACGACUUCCUAACUUACGCAGAGAAACCACAGAAAGAAGGAAUCACAACUCCAUGAGGAUGGUCCAGUUGAAUUUGCCAAACGCAAAAUUCGGAAUCUCCAAGAAAACCAACUACUUGCUCAGCUCCGUUAGAAAAUUGUGUAGGAGAUGUUAUCAGGGAGCUGAAAUGUGUUUGCGAAGCUAUUCCUGUGGGGAGUAACAGCCGGAUACAGAGUGAAAAUGAUGAGAAAGGGUAUAGAAAAGUGAAGAAUGGUUUUGAGCUCAGGAUUGUGUAUAGCAGGAGUAUUGUGGUCUUUGCUAGUCAUAGCAGAUUGAAUGUAUUUACUUGGAUUCUGUUAAAGAAGAUAACUGUGUUGAUAAAGAAAGAUAACGAUUUUGAUGUCUAUUUCCAUAUCAGUGCACUGUCCAGAACAUAAAAGUGCUUGACUGUGUCUACAAACUUUUGUAUUCUUGUACUUUGAUGUGGUAUAAAGGUGUGGAAGCAAAUGAAUUCAGUUGGAUUUUAAGAUGG